AUGUACAAAGCACAUGGAAGUGGUGCCUCAUGGGAGUGGUUGGCCCACAUCUCUCCGUGCGUUGACUUCCUUUGCCAACUCGCAAGAGAGUUCCAGCAAACCCUGGAUGAUGAUCAAGGCGCCAAGCACGCUCAGGCUGAUCUAUCCCGUUCAAUAGAUACAUUGAUACGCAGUUUUACCACCAAUGAAAUACACACCAUCAAACCUGGACGGUCUAGAGCCAAUGCCAAUGGACCACCCAUAGUUGACAUGAUAACCAAGGGGAUGCGCCAACUUGUUCACGGCACUGACGGACCAAUUGCAAAAUUUAAUCAAGAGCUUGAGCAGCUUCAGAAGCGCCGUAAGCUCAUGCCAGUGUCAACGCAGUGGGAGCAUUUUCAAUCCACAAUGGAAACCUUGGACACACACAAGCACAAGAAGAUGGACGGCACUGAAGGCAAAAGCAAAGACAAGUGGGAGAGUAUGCACGUUAGCAAAGCUCAGAGUGAUAGCUCCAAGUUAGGGGUUGAAGAUCAAGGCAAACACAGCAACUCCAAAACUGAAGCAGAGGAGUUGGAAUCCAAAGAAGGCAAGGACAAGGAGUUUAGGCAAGAGGCAUUUAGUCUAGAAUUUGAACUUGGAAACAAAGUCUUCAAUGUGUUUGGUGAUCCAAGCAAAUCUGAGGAAGAAGAGCCCGCUGUCCUAGACGUCUGCGGCGACGGGAUACCCUACAACAACAAACUAACUAUCUACGGUGACCGCGCGCUAUAA